AAUAUUUUCUCAGUGUCUUCUUCAUCAACCAAAAAGAAUACAAACCAAACCCUAACAUCAAAUUAGCUGCUCUGCAGCUAAAAGGAAAAUCACCACCUGGAACUUCACCGCCGGAACCACCACAACAUCAGAUCUCGCCAUGUUAUCCAUAAGCGGGUCCCAUAUGGACUCUCCCCCGCCAAAUCCAAUCAUCUAAUAUUGGAUCAUCAACAAAACAUGGCCCACAACUCCAAAGAAGAGCCUAAAACCGGUCCACAACCCGAUCGAUGGUAUAAUCUGACCCUUGGCCCUUCCUUCAAAGACGACACCUCCAAUAACAAAUACUGCACUUUGCGUUAUGAAUUUAAGCCGGCAUCAAUUGAUAAAACAAAGGCAGGGACAUUACACAAAAAUAAAGAGAACAGAGUAUCAGUUGAGUUUCAAAACAAUCAAUUAGGAAAACCUAAAGUUACAUUUGAAGGAAGUAGUGAAGAUUACAAAGAAAACGAUGCGGUUUUGUUUUUUGAUGGUCAAACUUUUCGUUUGGAAAGACUUCAUCGUGCUGUUAAGCAGCUACGCCACCUUCGAAUGCCUGGUGAAUCCGCUUCUGCUUCAGCUGCUCCUACUGCCACAUCAGCCGCUCAAGCAGGCCCGGGAAUUGAACCGCCCCCUCCUCGAUUAUCUCCUCCCGUUGGUAAAGGUGUAAAACCUAUCCAUGUGCCUAGAAGCACCACAGCAUUUCCUCCUCUGCCCGUCGAGGUGGAAAGAAUUGAUGUUGCUGAUUCACAAAUUUCUGGUGCAAAAGUUCCCAGUAAGGGGAUCUCUGAGCAUCCAACUAAUCUGCCAAAUGUGUCCACCUCUUCCCCGAGCCCUAAGAAUGAUGAAGCUGAAGAUCAUAUAGAUAUUGAGGACAUAUUUGGUUCUAGUUCCCCUUAUGAUGAUAACACAGCUGAAGAAAAAGGUGAUGGGGAUUUGGAUAUCAUUGUAUCACGGCAAAAUGAAACUGAUGACGAGAUUGCUGAUGUGGAUGAUAGUGGUGAUGAAGUACAUAAGGGGCGCAAUGCUGCAGAAGCCCUUAGAGCCCAGGUUAAUGCUGAAGAAAGGGAUGAGCAGACUUCUAGUUCAAGCAGUAGCAGCGGAAGUGGGAGCAGCGGAAGUGGAAGCGGCAGUGGAGGCAGUGGAAGCAGCAGUAGCAGUGACAGUGAAGGUAGUGAUGAAGAUUCAGUUAACUCUAUUUGAAUGUGCGAAGGACUCUCAAAGACUUGGAAGGAAACAAUUUAAAAACAAUUUGAGAGUGCCACAUUGGUCCUACAAAAUAUUCCCGAGUUACAGUAAAGAAAUAAACCAUCCUGGUUUUGAUGGGAAGGCGAAGCUAUAAUUAUUAUUAAAUUUUUUUGAUGAUGCUAUAUUACAGUGUGCAAAUAAUAUAAGCCAUGUUUGUCAAAAAUCGAACCAGUGCUGAAGUUUUGCCGAGUAGAGGGUUAGGAAACACACCUUCUGAUUGCCUAUUUGUCUCUGAAAGAAGAGGUAGUCUGCCUGAGCGAUUUUGGUUUCACUCACUUGGCUGUUCGAAUAAGAAUUGGUUGUGUUUAGAUGCAGUGGCUGCAUUAAUGUGUGAAAAUGUAGCAAGAGAGGCAUGGAAGCUGAUCACUAAUAUUAAUCAUUUUCUUGAGUUACGAAUCUUUAAUACCUGGUUCGAGAGAAUCUUCGAAUUUUAAUUUUCAUCCGUGUAUGGUAUAGUUUGGUCAGCCUUAAUAACAUUCCUUAUCUGAUCCCUUUUGAUUCCAA